CUAUCAGUGUAUGGAGCUUGGAUGGACGUCAAUUCCGCAAGGGCUGCCGGGAAACAUCACCCGCCUGAACCUUCGCGGAAAUCUCGUUUCCAAGAUUGAAGACAGCUCAGUGUUUCCAAGAAAUCUUACCCACUUAGUUAUUGUUAUGAACAAGCUGUCUUACAUCAAGCCGAACAUUCUGCCAGACAGCCUCAUAUAUAUAGACCUCAGCGACAACUUACUCACCAGCCUUGAAGACAAUACGCUACCGAAAAGCCUGAAGGAGAUACAUCUAAGAAACAACUACAUUCAUGACAUACGACCAGGAGCUUUCCCUAACGCUGUUUUUAAAAUUGACCUUACCAAUAAUCAGAUAAGGAGAAUGGAUUGGGAAGUGUUUCCGAGAACAGUAGAACAUCUAUUAGCAUUGGACUAUAACAACAUCUUCUCAAUAUCCAAUGGAUCUGGAAUAAAUGUUUUUAGAUUAGUUUUAAGGUGGAACAAACUUGAGUCUACUGGAGGACUAGCAUUGGCAGGGCAGUUCCAACAUAUAAAUUUAGAUAGCAACCGUCUCACAGAGAUUCCAUACAUCAAUGGCUCCUCAAUCACACUGAGUCUAGUAAACAACACGAUCAGGACGAUUAGCUCAAAAGCUGCGCUCCAAAAUGCUGACAUCAAACACCUAUCGCUGUCAAACAACUCAAUUUCUUCGAUCGUUCCUGGCGUGUUUCCAGAGACUCUGGAUUCACUGAGACUGGAAAACAACCUCAUAGAAGAAGUUGUCCCAGGACUGUUGCCGAAAAAUUGCCGAAACGUAAUGCUCAACGGAAAUCCAAUCCACCAUAUCAGUCCAGGCUCUUUUCCUAUGAGUAUCCAAUCCAUCUCUCUUUAUGACACAAAGCUGACAAAUAUUACUCCAGGAACCUUUAAUGAAGGACUACUAAAGCUAGAUCUUGAAAACAAUCUUCUCACAAAUAUCACAAACUGCACAUUGCCAUCGACUCUACAAACGCUGUCUCUUACUGGUAACAGGAUUGCGUCAAUUGAUCGAGAUGCCAUACCCAAAAAGAUCUUUGAAAUAUUCUUGGAAAAAAACCGGCUUCGUGUGAUUAAGUCUGGUUUAUUUACUAGAGCUUCCAAGUGCAUGAAAAUAAGUGCUUCUUAUAAUCUAAUAGAAGAAAUUGAGCCAGCAUCACUUCCGAGAGGAAUAAGGGUCCUUCAAAUACCCCACAAUAAGCUUGGCAAAAUUAGACCCGGAGCGAUGGACCAGACCUUAAUUCAGGUGCUUGAGCUCAAGUAUAAUCUUCUGACUGAAAUCAAUUUGAACAAUUUGCCGCCAUCUCUGGGAUUCUUGUAAGUUGUAAAUGCACACAAUGCGGUAGCAACCGAUUAUGUCUCCAUUACUAUGGGGCCUCUCACCACAGGUGUCCCAGUGUGUUGGUAUGUCAGCGUAUGGGGCCUCUCACCACAGGUGUCCCAGUGUGAUAGUGUGUCAGCGGUCAGCGUAUGGGGCCUCUCAACACAGGUGUCCCAGUGUGUUAGUGUUUCAGCGUAUGAUCAGCGUAUGAUGCCUCUCACCACAGGUGACCCAGUGUGUUAGCGCGUCAGCGUGUGGUCAGCGUAUGGGGCCUCUUACUAAAGGUGACCCAGGGUGUUAUGGUGUCAGCGGUCAGCGUAUGGGCCCUCUCACCACAGGUGGCCCAGUGUGUUAGUGUGUUAGAGAUGGGGCCUCCCACCACAGGUGUCCCAGUGUGCUAGUGAGUCAGCGUAUGGUAACCGUAUGGGGCUUCUCACCACAGGUGGCCCAGUGUGCUAGCGAUUCAGCAUAUGGAACCUCACUCACUUGCUGAAACGAGCUCGAGUCACUUUUCUGAUUCUCGGACCUGAAUUUAGCUUUACUAGAAGCUUGCGUUCCUUAUCCCCCGGAGCCGUUCCAUGCCACGUAAGAUUGUGGGGCAUAAUGUAGAAACAUUAAGAAAAUAUUGAGGGCCACAGCCGUACCCCUACUAGUCUUCUUUUAUAAUGUUUGAAAAUAUGGGGGGGAGGGGGAACAUGCCCCCAGUACCUCACCUCAUUUCGGGCCCCUGUCCUUAACAUGUCCAUUGUUAGUUCACGGUAGUAUAAA